AUGACCGAUCUGCGGCGCAUCCUCCCAACCUUCCCCACAGCAUCUUUCGCCGCCCUGCUUCCGACGGUCGAGCAGCACGCCAUCACAACGACAGACCUCCUCACAUCACACCCCGCGGAUAUCGCCAAGCAGACGCACCUGCCCAUUCUCGACCUCAAGCGUCUCAUAGCGACCAUCCAGGCUUCUCUCUCCGAUGAUCUCAAACCAACAGACUUCUCAGAAGAGCAAGGCAACAGUCUAGCAUGUAUCAGCACACUUGAUCCGGAUCUCGACGCAGCCUUGGGAGGUGGCGUCCCAACCGGGCGUAUUACCGAAUUCGCGGGUGAAUCAGGCGCAGGCAAGACGCAAUUCCUCCUCUCACUCUGUCUGGCCGUGCAACUACCAGCGCCCUACGGUCUCUCACGCCAGGCGCUGUACAUCUCCACCGAGUCUGGCCUCUCGACCUCCCGUCUGUCUCAGAUUCUCCGCGCCAACCCCAUCAUCAACCAGCGGAUUGACUAUGUGGAUCGACCCUCGCUGGACAACAUCCUCAGCGCCUCCCUGCCCGACCUCGAAUCGCAGGAACACAUCCUCAACUACCAGGUCCCUGUACUCCUGGAGCGGCAUAAUGUCGGCUUGAUCAUCCUCGACAGCGUCGCCGCGAAUUACAGGGCCGAGUUUGAAAGGGAAGGCUCCAGUCGCGGCUCUAACAUGGCGGCGCGUAGCAACGACCUCAUCAAACUCGGGGCUCUCCUACGGGACUGGGCAAGACGACAUGACCUCGCCGUCGUGGUCGCGAACCAGGUCGCCGACCGAUUCACCCCCGUAGGCUCUACGCCUCGCUGGUCCCAGCAUCAGGGCGCCACGCAGGACACACCACUCGCCUCAAGGAGCAAUGCUCCCAGAGGCAGUAUGCCCAGCACGCCCACCUCGUCACUGUCUUUCUCCAUGCCCAACGAGGAGACGCCUGCACCGCCGGCGUUGGCGCUGGACCACCAGCAACGGUGGUUCACCGGCUGGGGCGACGAUCCACUGGCGACAUAUGCGCUGAAGACGCCAAGUCUGGGCCUUGUCUGGUCAACGCAGAUCGCCAUGCGGAUAGCCCUGUUCAAGAGGCCGGUGUAUGGUGUGUCACAUCGCACAGCAGCGCCCAUUAUGGCGGACGACGAGUUUGCGGAUGGCGAGACGGGCAGCACGCUCAGGGCAUGGAGGCGUUGGAUGAAAGUUGUCUUCGCGCCGCACGUGCAGUCUUCAGGUCAGGGGUUGCAGGGAGCGACAGAGUUCGAAAUCACCCUUGGCGGGCUCAAGACUGUGACCAAGAAGAAGGAGGAGCAGACAAGCGGGGAUGAAAAGAACGAAGAAUAG